AUGCCUCAAGAUGGACCCCUAUCUAUCAUCACUACGGGCUUCCGCUCCGGUAGUCAAGCUGGUUCCUUCGUCGCCGAGGCACCAUCAUCUGUCCCGGACUUUUUGGGUAUCGAACAGACUAUCUCCUCAUCCUCGCUCGAGGCUGGUAAAUCCUACAAGCUAUCAGCUUGGUACCUUCUCGCACAAUCAGACUGCUUGGGCAAUCCGUUCUUGCUAUGUGGCUAUGGAUGGCAAAACUUGGCGGUUACGGCACCACUUGUUCAGAACACCGAUUACUCUCAGUCCGAUGUGACCUGCUCUUGGACCCAGGAUCAGUUGGAUGCCGGGCCUAAUAUCCAAAUCUCGGGCUUCAAUAUUGAUGUUAAUAUUGACAACGUUAUUUUGGAAAAGGUUGUGCAACAACGGACUAACAAUGGUGGCAUUGUAAAAAAAAAAAACUAG